CGAGUGUGCGGGUUUCAGCCUCUCUCGUCUCUUCGGUUUGUUUGCGACAGAAACAACGUCCCCUCUCGUCGACAACUAUAAAUGAUCAUCCCCGCGUGGUCGGCCGACACCUAACCGAAGCACGAGCAUCCGGAAACGGUCUUCUGUCGGCUCAGAGCGUCGGCCUGUGCAAGCAUGGACCAACUGGCAGUGGAUGAUGACAUCUGUAUCCUCAAACAUGAAACGGCCUUCACCGCCGCCGGCGAGAGCCCCUUGUCGGUGUGUGCCGGCGACGAAUCCGUUGCUUCCCACUUUGCCCUGGUCACGGCCUACGAGGACAUCAAGAAGAGGCUGAGAGACACGGAGCGCGAGAACACCCUGCUGAGGAAGAGGGUCAAGCAGCUGGAGGACAAGCUCUUCAGGCCAGAUGCACCUCCGUCAGAGGGUCCCCAGUACGUGAACAAGGCCUUCAGCGCUUACCGAGGCAUCUAUAUAGAGAAGGAGGAUCUGCAGCUGGAGCUCAACAAACUGAAAAAGGAGAAGAGUGACGGCGAGCGGUUGCUGACGGAGCAGCUCCAGGCCAAAGAGUUGGAACUGCUUCAGCUGAGGACAGAGAUGGAGACCAGCCAAGUGAUGAAGAGCCUGAACAGCCCUCAGGACUACUGGCAGGUGGACAUGGUCAGCACUGAGCUGAAGAUGCACAAACUACAGGAUGAGUUGGAGAGAGUGACACUGGAAAACAGCCGACUGGUGGAGAGAAGUGGGGAGGAACCUCAAGGCCUUAAUGGACCAGACGUGGACCUGAUCUGUGACGCACAGUGCAAUGCAAGUGAGCGGGGCAUGCAGCAGAUGUGCCAGGAUUUGCACUGCGAGGUCACUCGUCUCCGUUCAGAGCUGAAGCACCAAACGGGCCUGAUCAGGAAACUCAGGCCCCUGUUCGCCGAGACAAGACAAGCUGCCUCGACGGUUCCCAUACAGUGUCUGGACGACGUGGAGAAGAACAACCACCUGGUUCCUCGGGCGUCGGUGCCCCGUCCCCCCAGUGCGCCCCCACUCCCCUCGUGCUCCGGACGCCCCUGCCCCCCUGUCGGCGGCCCGUCGGGCACCCUGCUGCCGGACAGCCUGAAGGAGGACUGCUGGUACAACGGGCCCUGGCCCUCCCAGAGCUGCUCGGGAGAGGCUCUGAUUGGGAGCAACGCCUGCUCGGUCGUCCUGCCCCCGCCUCCCCUGAACCAGGCCUCCCUCGACGAGAGCUCGAGGUCCUUCCCCAGUCCCCCCAAGCCCAGUGACGCCGUAUUCUGGGAGGGACACUCUGCUGCGUCCAGUUCCUCAUCCUUAAUGGGAAACUACAGUCCCAGGAGCCCUCCGAAUACUGAGUGGACCAAGCCCUAUUGAGGGGAACUCUAAUGGGCUAAUAAGUGAUUAGUAAAUAGUUUUCAAUUGGAUGGAAAAGAAAUUGAUGAAUGGAUGAGUGAAUGGACUCUGCAACCCUGCCACAUAGCUACCACCUAACCUGCCUUAAGUUGAUUCGACCACUCCUCUGGGCUGAGCUGGACCGGACCUGCUGGCUGUGGGGACUAACUGAAGCCAGAGGAAGCCUUCUCCGAGGUCAAGACUCUGUAACUCUGAUUUCUCUGCAUCGGUGAACAUACAACGUUUCAGGAGAGACCCCUCGGUAGAAUCGAUAAGUUUUUUUCUCUGUGAGUAUGUGUCCUUGUAUGCACAUGCAUACGUGCGUGCAAGCAUGCCUACAAGCAAUUUAAACUUGUGUGUGUGCGCGCGCAUGUGCACACACCAGACAGAGCGUGCCUGUGUGUGCAGAUCAGUGUGCGGGCGUCUCACUCGCGCGCCUGUUAUCUGUAUCUUGUCAUAUUGAACCCAAUAGGGCUUUGAAGGGCCUCUUUCUCCAUUCACUGUGGGCCCAGUGAUCACCGGGGCCACAGCUGGACACACAUAGUACUAGAGUUAUUCACUCCAAUGCAGGUCUUUUUACAUUUCGAUCGCUGUAAAUGAAUACGAGAUAUGUAGUCCCACAUACGUCCCGUGUGAAGAAAGGUCUCGGUGCGAGGACUCGGUUUGCUUGUUUCCGCGCUGUGAUGGAGACAGACGCGCAGUAAACUGUGUCAGCGUCACAGAUUUCCGAUCCAAAUUUUAACAGCUACCAAAUAAACCCCCUCCUUUUUCUCUCAGUGGUUAUUUCUCACGUCGGUCCUUAUAGAUCGUCAUCAGAGUGGGCUGUCAAUCUAGCUGCGCUUACCAAAAACUUUGAGAAUGCAGUAACGGUAUUUGAGGAGAUUACUUAAGGAUUAGAAAAUAGUAAUUUUGAUCGAGAAAUGUAUUGCUUUCUGGAAGAAAAAAAAAAAAAAAAAAACACAAUCCACACUGGGCACAAGAAAAAGGUUCAACUGUUUUCACAGUAAUUUCACAACUCAUGCAAGCGUCUGCAAACCUGCCCGUUGUCACCUCUUCAAUUCUCCCAGCACUAUACGUUCAAACAAUAUCUGUCACGUUUUCAUUUCUCAAUUAUAAAGGGACAUGUAUAUGUAAGGCUGACUUAUAACCUGAAGGACUCGUGGAUUAGAAUCCAUACACUCCGAUGUAUUUUUGUACACCUGAUUUACGUUCGUGGAGAUUCUGAACAACGGGAAAUGUAUCUAAAUUAUCUGUAACCAUGCCGAUGUUAAAUCUAUGACACAUUUGCUUCGCAGUAUGAGGGUAGGUUGUUGUGUGAAGGGAGAAGUUUCGGAGCAUAAACCCGAUGGGAUGUACAAAGGAAAAACACAAUAUGAAAAGAACACAAGAUAUAUAGAAGGAAUAAUGUGCAUAGGUGUAUAAAAAUGUAAAUGGUGGGCUUCAGUACUCGGCCAAACGCGUCGUUUUGCACUCCAGACCAUAGGUUUUGGUUUGUUUCAUCCCCCCCCCCCCCAUGACAUCCGAUCUGUGUAAGAGCCGUCUGCAUUGGUGGCACGACGACCAGUGGAUGAACCUGAAUAAAUGUGACAUGACAAAAAGAGGUGCACAAAGCACAAAGGUCCCCGGGGUCAUUGAAAGGUUUGGUUUCUCUUCAUUCUGUUUCAUGAUAACUGUGGUCUUUUUUUGUUUUUCUUGAUUUUUAAGAAAUUGUUCUUUUACAGCAGUAGUUUCAUACUUCUGUAAACGAUUUGCAAACCAAAAUGCAAUGUACAGUAGAUAACGGAUUAUAUUUUAGAUUUACUGCACUUCAGACUGUUUGUAAAUACGAUCGAUUAAACCAAUGAAAAGGA